CUUUUUUUUUCCCCCCCAUGUUCGGGAAACCAGACAAAAUGGACGUUCGGUGCCACUCGGACGCAGAGGCUGCCCGGGUCUCGAAGAACGCGCACAAGGAGAGCCGGGAGAGCAAGGGUGCGGAGGGGAGCCUCCCCGCCGCUUUCCUCAAGGAGUCGCAGGGCGCCUUCUCCGCGUCGGGCGCCGCGGAAGAUUGUAACAAAAGUAAAUCCAAUUCGACUGCCGAUCCGGAUUACUGCCGCCGGAUCCUGGUCCGAGAUGCCAAGGGUUCCAUCCGAGAGAUCAUCCUGCCCAAGGGCCUGGACCUGGACCGGCCCAAGAGGACGCGCACGUCCUUCACGGCGGAGCAGCUGUACCGGCUGGAGAUGGAGUUCCAGCGCUGCCAGUACGUGGUGGGCCGAGAGAGGACCGAGCUCGCCCGGCAGCUUAACCUCUCCGAGACCCAGGUGAAGGUCUGGUUCCAGAACCGGCGCACGAAGCAGAAGAAAGACCAGGGCAAGGACUCGGAGCUGCGCUCGGUGGUGUCGGAGACGGCCGCCACGUGCAGCGUGCUGCGGCUGCUGGAGCAGGGCCGCCUGCUGUCGCCGCCCGGCCUACCCGCGCUGCUGCCGCCCUGCGCCACCGGCGCGCUCGGCUCGGCGCUACGCGGGCCCAGCCUGCCGGCCCUGGGCGCCGGCGCCGCGGCGGGCUCGGCCGCCGCCGCCGCCGCCGCCGCGGCCGCCGCCCCGGGUCCCACCGGCGCCGCGUCCCCGCACCCGCCGGCCGUGGGCGGCGCUCCGGGCCCCGGGCCCGCUGGGCCAGGGGGACUGCAUGCGGGCGCGCCGGCUGCCGGCCACGGCCUCUUCAGCCUACCCGUACCCUCGCUGCUCGGCUCCGUCGCCAGCCGCCUGUCCUCCGCUCCGUUGACAAUGGCCGGUUCGCUGGCAGGGAAUUUGCAAGAACUCUCCGCCCGAUACCUGAGCUCCUCGGCCUUCGAGCCUUACUCCCGGACCAACAAUAAAGAAGGGGCCGAGAAAAAAGCGCUGGACUGAUUUUACCUGUUUGCCUGUAUUUAUAUUUAUAGUAUCUAUUGUGGUGAUAUUUAUGGACUCGCGUAUUCGGCGCCCGAGGCUCCUGGGCUGGGCUUCCCGCUCCCACCAGGCCUCUGACAGCUCUCCUUCCCCAUUAGUCUCUGCUACCAAUCUUAUUUUGGGCUACUGUUUUUCUACCUUCCCUCCGUCCUCCUCUCCUCCCCCCAACUUCCUUCUGAAUCCAGGAGAAUCCAAAGAAUUGGGGGGGGGGGGGGAAUGCCCGAAUUAGCCAACUGAUGCCCCAACCGAUGCCAGGCCCUGGAAGGAAAAGACUGGUUCUAAGUCAAAGCACAGGCCACCUGCUCUAGAUCGGGCCGGGCCGCUGCUGCCGGUGAUCAUUCUUAGGAAUAUUGAAAGAGGAAAGCUGCGCGCAGAGCCCUGGGGCUGAAAAAGCCGGUAGGUUUCGUUAGAGCAAAAAGGAAGACGUUCCUCCCUCUUGCCAGAGAAACCAGGGCUUUGGGGAGCCCCUGAGCCCCACUUUAUGGACUGCUUGGGAGAGCCGAUGCACACGCAGCUUUCUGGCUGGACAAAUCUUGCCGAUUCCCCACCCCCAACACCUCUAGAGAAGCAACAAUCACAACCACCCCCGACCUCAGGAGAUAACACCAAACGUCAAGGUGGGCAACGGCGGUGAUACAUUUGAUCGGAUCAGCAAUAAAGCCAGAGUAAUAACUACCACAUAAAACCAGAUGAAGCGAAACCAGUUUUUAAAUACUCCUGUAACAAUCCAGUUUGGACGGCUUACGAAAAUCCACGAUAGAGAACGCUCCGCGGGGCAAUGCAAAAUUCAAGUUCUGGGUGUUAUGACUUUAAACGGGAACUUAUAAGGAAAAAAGCAAAAGAAAAGCCAACGCCGCUAGUGAAAGACAAUUCAGAAUCUUUUCUCCGAGGCUGUUCGGGGCGACGGACGACAGCUCCCCGCUCCGGGAGCGAGGGAAGGGCGGCUGCCCGGCUCUUCUCGCCAGCGUCUCCCCGACGACGCGCAGGCAGAAUUGCUGGGCUUGGAGACGAAUCGAUGCCCUUUGCGUCCUCUUCCCCACUCCCGGAUUCAGGAAGCCCUUCCAGCACGCAGGAAACGACUGGAUUUCAGAGCUCUUCUUGGAGGACCAGGUGUCAGGGACGGAGACGGGGACAGCGGGGCUACCGGGCCUCCAGUGUGGUAGUCUCGGUAUUCAGAUCAGCUACCUGCUCAGAUAGGAAAG